AUGGAACGGGUGGUUCUGCCCAAUGGUGACGAACUCGACAUCGAGAUCAAGGACGCACUGUUCGUACCAAGUAUGAGCAAGAAUCUGCUUUCGGUGCCACAGAUCAACAAGGGUGGCAGGUUCCAAGUCGUGUUCGAUGGAUCCAAGAUGCAAGUGAAGCGCAAGAAUUCCACACAAGUCGUGGCAACAGCGGAUCUCGUCGAUGGACUUUACUGGCUGCGGACUCCUCAACGAUCGGCAAAUGCAGCAACACGCAAUGGGACCAUCGACUUGCAUGCGCGCAUGGGUCAUGCACCCCUCGAAGUUCUGCGCAAGAUGGUGGCCACUGGCAUGAUCAAGGACGCCAAGGCACCUCUUAACUCGACUGGUCCAAGUGUGUGUCGCGGUUGCCAGCAAGGAAAGAUGGUUCAAAAACCAUUCCCAACCAACCGUGACAAACGCCAAUAUGGUGUGUUCGAGUUGCUGCACUUCGACAUCUGCGGGCCAAUGGAACAAGUUUCGAUCGGCGGCAGCAGAUACUUACUGCUUGUGGUUGACGAAGCCAGCGGUUGCAUGAAGGGCUUCUGUCUGCGGUCCAAGUCUGAGAGUGAAGACUGUAUCAAGAACCACAUUAUCAAGAUUCAAACUCAGUUCGGCACGAAGAUCAAGUUUGUUCGGCACGAUGGAGCGCAUGAGUUUGCGACCAACUCCAUCAAGACCUUCUACGAAGAUCAUGGUAUUGAACAACAGAUCACGGUGCCGUAUGCACACCAGACCAACGGCACCGCAGAACGCGCGAUAAGGACCAUCGUCACGAUCGGACGCAGCUUGUUGCAUCAUGCAAAGCUGGAGAAGUGUUUCUGGGCUGAAGCGGCAAUGACGGCGAUCUACAUCAAGAACCGCCUGCCUUCACCCAAGAUCGACCACAAGACUCCGUUCGAGAUCGUGUACAAGUCGAAACCAAGUGUCAAGCACAUGCGCGUGUUUGGAUGUCGGGCGUUUAUCCUGACACCAAGGAGAAGCGAUUGA